AUGGCCACCGCGGGCGUGCACCUUUCGGGCAGCGGGCGCAACAACUCGGGCCGCCUCGACCUGCGCUUCAACGGCGCCUGGGGUGCGGUGAGCAGCAACGGCAACUCCAACCACACGCAGCUGGCUGAGCUGGCGUGCGCCGCCCUUGGCUUCAGUGGCGCCGUGGUUGUGCCUGUUCCAGUCUUCAUCCAGAAGGAGGUCACGCCCAGCUGGAGCACCGUCACCUGUCCCCCCGGCGCCACCUCCAUUGAUAACUGCACCCUGGGCUCCAACACCCAGCUCGUAGUAAACGCGAACUACCUCACCGUGCAGUGCUUGGCAGACGGUGAGCUGCCCUACCUGUCUUCCACGGUGCGCCUUGUCAACGGCACCGCCCCACACAACGGCCGCCCCGAGGUGCUGUUCAACGGCGAGUGGCUGCCAGCGUGCACCAACGGGGGCUACUACUUUGCCCAGCACGGCGCGGCACAAGCGUGCCGCCAGGCGGGCUUUGUGGGGGGCAUGGGCAAGGAGCUGCCGCCAGGCACCUACGGCGGUUUCUUUGAGCCCAUGGGCAGGCGGUACGUCACCACCGGCACCUUCGUAGACCGCACCUAUCCGGGCGUCCAGGCAGCCGACAUGGGCAUCGUGGACUGGGACACAUGCCUGCCAUCGGCAGUCGAGUGCAACCCCUCCACCGUUGUGCCCACCCUGCCUGUCGCCUUCUCGGGCGCGGGUGUGCCUUGGGCAGGCCGCCUGGAGGUGUAUGGCGGCGACGGCACCUGGGCGGCUGUGUGGGGCUACGACCCCCAGGCGGCGGCCGACGUGGCACGCGCGACGUGCGCCACGCUAAACCUCACCCGCAACCUGGUGGAUGUGGGCUCCGGAGGUGCCAGCCUCUACCUGCCCUCUGAUGGAGACGUGCAGUACUACACCUACUCGUGCCCCGGCAGCGAGACCAGCAUCAUAGACUGCACCUUUGGCCCGCCACCCGACUGGUUUGGCGGCGCCAACAACGAGAUCAGCGUAGCAUGCUUCAACGACACAGAGCCCAUGUACUGGCCGAGCACAACUCGUCUGGUGGGCGGCAUCGACAGUUCUAGCGGCCGUGUGGAGGUGCUGCGCAACCGUGUUUGGUGGCCGUUGUGUGCCGACAACAUCGAUGUCACGGCCGCUGUGCUGCUGUGCCGCACCGCCAACUUCCCGGGCUCCGCCUCGCCCGCCGUCCUCAACCGAGAGUUCUUCUCUGAUGCCAACACCAGCGUUGUUUCCUACAACGGAGGCUGCGAAUUUGCAUCUCCAGGAGUCACCAGCUUCCAGUCCUGCUCCCUGCUGGAAACCUCAUCAGGCUUCUGCUCAGGCCACGCCGUACUGGACUGCUCUGCCACGACGCCUGCGCCGCAGCCCCCGCUGAUCACGGUGCGCCUGUUGAACGGCAGCGUUCCCAGCGAGGGCCGAGUGGAGCAGUUGAUGGGCGACGGCCAGUGGAAACCUGUCUGCGCGGGGGGCUUCGGCCCGCGAGCCGCCGCCGUCGCGUGUCGCGCUGCCGGCUGGCAUGGAGGCCUCGGCAGCUUGGCCAAACCGGACACCUUUGGAUCACUCGCCGACGGCACCUCUACCACCCUGGUCGUCUCUGGCGACACCUGCCCCCCCAAUGCCUUCUUCCCGGACUUCUUCGGCUGCCGGACUUCAGUCAGCACUAGCUGCGCAGCCGCCGCCGCCGUUAUCUGCGACCCAUCGCCCGACAUGGCCACCGCGGGCGUGCACCUUUCGGGCAGCGGGCGCAACAACUCGGGCCGCCUCGAGCUGCGCUUCAACGGCGCCUGGGGUGCGGUGAGCAGCAACGGCAACUCCAACCACACGCAGCUGGCUGAGCUGGCGUGCGCCGCCCUUGGCUUCAGUGGCGCCGUGGUUGUGCCUGUUCCAGUCUUCAUCCAGAAGGAGGUCACGCCCAGCUGGAGCACCGUCACCUGUCCCCCCGGCGCCACCUCCAUUGAUAACUGCACCCUGGGCUCCAACACCCAGCUCGUAGUAAACGCGAACUACCUCACCGUGCAGUGCUUGGCAGACGGUGAGCUGCCCUACCUGUCUUCCACGGUGCGCCUUGUCAACGGCACCGCCCCACACAACGGCCGCCCCGAGGUGCUGUUCAACGGCGAGUGGCUGCCAGCGUGCACCAACGGGGGCUACUACUUUGCCCAGCACGGCGCGGCACAAGCGUGCCGCCAGGCGGGCUUUGUGGGGGGCAUGGGCAAGGAGCUGCCGCCAGGCACCUACGGCGGUUUCUUUGAGCCCAGGCGGUACGUCACCACCGGCACCUUCGUAGACCGCACCUAUCCGGGCGUCCAGGCAGCCGACAUGGGCAUCGUGGACUGGGACACAUGCCUGCCAUCGGCAGUCGAGUGCAACCCCUCCACCGUUGUGCCCACCCUGCCUGUCGCCUUCUCGGGCGCGGGUGUGCCUUGGGCAGGCCGCCUGGAGGUGUAUGGCGGCGACGGCACCUGGGCGGCUGUGUGGGGCUACGACCCCCAGGCGGCGGCCGACGUGGCACGCGCGACGUGCGCCACGCUAAACCUCACCCGCAACCUGGUGGAUGUGGGCUCCGGAGGUGCCAGCCUCUACCUGCCCUCUGAUGGAGACGUGCAGUACUACACCUACUCGUGCCCCGGCAGCGAGACCAGCAUCAUAGACUGCACCUUUGGCCCGCCACCCGACUGGUUUGGCGGCGCCAACAACGAGAUCAGCGUAGCAUGCUUCAACGACACAGAGCCCAUGUACUGGCCGGGCACAACUCGUCUGGUGGGCGGCAUCGACAGUUCUAGCGGCCGUGUGGAGGUGCUGCGCAACCGUGUUUGGUGGCCGUUGUGUGCCGACAACAUCGAUGUCACGGCCGCCGUGCUGCUGUGCCGCACCGCCAACUUCCCGGGCUCCGCCUCGCCCGCCGUUUUGCCCGCGGCUGCAUUCAGCGACGGCUCCACCAACGUUGUUUCCUACAACGGAGGCUGCGAAUUUGCAUCUCCAGGAGUCACCAGCUUCCAGUCCUGCUCCCUGCUGGAGACCACCGCCGCAUCAUGCAGUGGAGCAGCUGUAAUCGACUGCACAUCCUGA